AACUUUUCGAACCUUCUGUGAAUAAAUGUUCACCAAAGCGUUUUUGCAUUUAGCCAAACGAGCGAAUUGAGCGUCAGCCCCACUGUCAUAAAGACUGAUGUGCGACUGACGAAGUGUUUGUUGGCACUAACGUUAGCUUUCCAACUAGACCGUCCUGCACCAAAAUUGACCCGUUGAAGCUACGUCACGUGAACGCACAAUGACGGACAGCAAAAGAUAGUUAAUGACUGCCGAAUUAAAGUGGACGGAAAACGGAGCGAAUUAGCGACUGUAAACGUUAUUUUUGCCGAUUGAGCCAUGACACCCACCACUUCAACUGCUGCGUUCACUUGACCGGAAUUCACAGCGAACGAGCUCUUUCAUUGUUUUCAAUUCCGUAUCCCCUUAACACCGGAGCUGAUUUAAAACCUUAUAAAAGUCUGGACGCAUAUUAGUUUUUUUUUGUCGCUGGCUGGGUCUCUGGGACGAGAUGCUACACUCACACCAGGUGGGGCAAGAUGCCUUGUAAUGGGCAAGGUAAAACUUGCUUAUGAUGCUGACGUCUUUUUUUCUAAUGCACAUUCCGUCCCGUUUCCGCCCAGUGCCAUGCGGUAAUAUAAUGACUGAGUAAAAUAUGUGAACAAUGAUUUACUAACCCUGUAAAAAUUGAUCGCUGCAAAUCCUCGAAUACUGCUAUCCAUCACCGUCUUUUAUCGUCAUCAAAAUUAUGUGAUUAAAAAGACAAGUUUGGUGUACACUCUUGUCUAUUAGUACACCCGACUGCACAGCAAGAUAUGACAAUUUUAGAAGAUAAUUGCUGAUAUAAAUAGAUACUGGAUUAUUGGCUUUUCGGGAGUUUCAACAGGUGCAGUUAUUUUGCUGUCUGUCUUGGCGGUGGGGGCGUUCCUACGAAGACUCGAAGAGAUUUUUUUUUUUAAUUAAAUAAGCUCUCUACAUUGACAACAUCCGCGUGAGAUUCCAUUAAGAAACAAGAUGAUCAACUGGAAUCCACUGUUUAACAUGGACUUCCUCAAGAGUCCGUUGGACAUGCUCAAAAGUCCAAUGGGGAUGGGUGUCGCUGUAGGACUGGGCUGCGGGCUCCUCGUAGGUUGGCAGCUGCGCGCCUUCUUGGGUCCAUCACCCCGAAGUCUGCUCAGCUCUAUGGCAUCUGGAUCGAAUGAAGCCAUGGUGAUGGGGGAAGGAGGGAAUUUCAAGAUGACCCUAGUGGUCCGCAGCGACCUCAAGAUGGGCAAGGGGAAAGCGGCCAGCCAGUGCGCCCACGCGGCAGUGGCGGCCUACAAGCAGGUGCAGCGCAGGAACCCCGAGCUUCUCAAGAUGUGGGAGUACUGCGGCCAGCCCAAAGUGGUGGUGAAGGCCCCAGACGAGGACACCCUGGUUCAACUCCUGGGGCUCGCUAAGGAGAUGAGGCUGCCCGUCAGCCUGAUCAAGGAUGCAGGCAGGACACAAAUUGCCCCCGGCUCCUGCACGGUGCUCGGUAUCGGUCCUGGUCCGUCUGAGCUCAUUGACACUGUCAGUGGAGAUUUGAAGCUUUACUAAAGCUCUUCACAUCAAUGUCCUGGAUGCAGCUUCCUCUACUAAAACUUGUGAAUGGGUAUUCAAAGGAAAUGCAAUGACAUUUCCUGUCACAAUAUAUCAGUGGCAAAGAUAGA